AUGGCAGGUGGAGACGGCAGUCAAGACUCUAAUAGUACACCUGAGCCGGUGGAAAAGGGCUUCGCCACGCUCAACCAGUUGCAGAUUGGCGUGAAGGCCUUUGUUGAAAAGAAUGGAGAACCUAGAAAAGCAGAGAUUUUGUCUAUCAAACAGAGGAAUGGUGCUCUGACCUUCUACGUGCAUUAUGUCGAAUUCAACAAGCGUCUGGAUGAAUGGGUCCCAGCUGAGCGCAUCGACCUCUCUCAGGAAGUCGAAUGGCCUGUCCCUGAAAAGCCUGAGAAGAAGAAAACCACCGUGACCACGAAAGGACCACCAUCGAAAGCCGCCACAUCAAAAUCCAUCACCACCAAAGCCGGUCGUGCAAGGACAGAUUCCCGUGCCAGUUCUGCGACACCUGAUCUCCUCAUCUCCAAGGCGGGCAAUGAUCGAAAACGUCCCGUGCCUUCCAAGGCGAGUGGAAAGGAGAAUCGCGAUGAAGCGCUUGCACCCGACGGGGAUGCCUCACUCGUGAUCACCAAGGAGGGUACACCCUUGCCAACAAUCGGCCAUGAAGACACCACAGCAGGCGGCAUGGACGUGGAAAUGCCCGACGUGACCAAGACAGAGGAGAAGGUUGCUCCCAUCAUGGAGCCAGAGGAAGAAAUCGAGAAGCUCCGUACUGGUGGCUCCAUGGUGCAGAAUCAUGCUCAACUGCAUCUGGUGCGAAACUUGAACAAAAUCCAGAUGGGCAAACACAUCAUCGAACCGUGGUACUUCUCCCCCUAUCCGCAAGAAUUCAGCGACGUGGACAUGGUCUACAUCGACGAAUUCUGCCUUUCCUACUUUUCCUCCAAGAAAGCGUUCGAGAGACACCGCACAAAAUGCGAGUUACGCCAUCCACCAGGUAAUGAGAUCUACCGCGACGACUUUGUGAGUUUCUUCGAGGUUGAUGGCCGACGGCAGCGCACUUGGUGUAGGAACCUUUGUCUCCUGUCAAAACUGUUCCUGGAUCAUAAGACAUUAUAUUACGAUGUCGAUCCAUUCUUGUUUUACUGCAUGGUCACCCGGGACGAGUAUGGAUGCCAUCUCGUUGGAUAUUUCAGCAAGGAGAAAGAGUCGGCGGAAGGGUAUAACGUCGCUUGUAUUCUUACCUUGCCGCAGUAUCAGCGACAAGGGUUGGGAAGAUUGCUCAUUGCUUUCUCAUAUGAGCUGAGCAAACGGGAGGGAAAGCUGGGAUCCCCUGAAAAACCUCUUUCGGAUCUCGGAUUGUUGGGUUACAGGCAGUAUUGGAAAGAAGUGCUCAUUGAGCUUCUCUCGGAUCCUGCACGGUUGCCUCCUCCUGGAUCAGCAUCUCACACACCAACUUCGGAACAGCUUCAUCCUCACUCAUCCUUAGGAUACGCGGCACCAUCAUCGCAAUAUUCCACAAGUAUUGCGGAGAUAGCGAGUCAAACAGCAAUGACGGAGAAGGACGUCCAUGAACAACUGGAAGUGCUGAAGCUACUGCGUUACCACAAAGGUGCGUGGAUCAUUGUCGUGCGAGAUGAGUUGCUUGAGUGGCAGGAAAAGCGGAGGGAGAAGGAGAAAGCCAAAGGGAUCAGGAGGAUCGAUCCCAGCAGACUUAAUUGGAAGCCGCCUGUCUUUACGGCUAGUAGUCGGACAUGGAAUUGGUAG